AACGAAAGCAUUGCACCAAAGUAGUUAGAUAGAGAGCGCAAGGGGCAUUUUGUGGCAGUACGGAGAUCUCUGAUACGAUGCAUCAAAUAUCUUAGUGCCCCAGAAUGAGGAGUCAUCUGUUUCAGAGACAUGGAUAAAUAUGAAAAGGUGAGGAAGAUUGGGGAGGGCUCCUUCGGGAAGGCAAUUCUCGUCAAAUCCAGGGAGGAUGCAAAACAGUAUGUCAUCAAAGAGAUUGGCAUCUCCCGGAUGUCUAGUAAAGAGAGACAGGAGUCCCGUAAAGAGGUGGCUGUUCUGGCCAAUAUGAGCCAUCCCAACAUCGUCCAGUACAAAGAGUCCUUUGAAGAGUGUGGAUGUCUGUACAUCGUAAUGGAUUACUGUGAGGGAGGAGACCUAUUCAAGACGAUCAACUCUCAGAAAGGAGUGCAGUUCCCUGAGGAGCAGAUCCUGGAUUGGUUGGUGCAGAUAUGCCUCGCCUUGAAGCAUGUACAUGACCGUAAGAUCCUCCACAGAGACAUCAAAUCACAGAACAUAUUUCUGACCAAAGAUGGAACCAUACAGCUAGGAGACUUUGGGAUUGCCAGGGUGCUGAAUAGUACUGUGGAGCUAGCCAGGACAUGUAUCGGGACGCCAUACUACCUGUCACCUGAGAUUUGUGAAAACAAACCGUACAACAACAAAAGUGAUGUUUGGGCCCUGGGGUGUGUCCUGUAUGAAAUGUGCACGCUAAAGCAUGCAUUUGAGGCAGGUAACAUGAAGAACCUGGUUCUGAAGAUCAUCCGGGGCGUACCCCCUGUGUCGACCCACUACUCCCAGGACCUACGCUCUCUCAUGGGCCAGCUGUUCAGACGCCGGGAGAGACCCUCUGUCAGCUCUAUCCUCGACAAAGUCUUUUCAGCACAACAAUAUGACGUUUGGUUUUCUCCCACUCAGAUUAUCGCUCAGGAAUUCAGCCAUAGCUUCCUCCACAAGCAGCCUAAAGCAGGUGUGGCGCAGGCGGCAUCAGCCAAGCGUCGCGCCCCUGCUCCCAUGCCCCUAACCCCAGCCCAGAAGAUCACCAAACCAGCCGCCAAAUAUGGAGUGCCUUUAAAUGUCAGGAAAGCCUCAGAUGCAGCCAUGAAACCUGCCGAGCGGAAACCAGCCGUCAAACACAAGAUGGCCCCCGUCCCCCUCCCAGCAGCACCCCAGAGGAGAGUGAGUCGAGUGGAGGAAGAGAGGAGGAAAUAUGAGGAGGGUGCCAGGAAGAAAAGGAUGGAGCUGAUCGAGAAAGAGAGGAAACAGAGGGAGCAGAUGUUUCUGUUGAAUGCUGGACAGAUGAAGAGAUAUGAGAGGGAAAAGAUAAACCGGAUCAACCGAGCUCGAGAGCAGGGCUGGAGGCACGUACUGAGCUCUAGUGGAGGCAGCAGUCCAGAGAGGAAGUGUUUUUUAGGAGGUGGUGGUAUGAUGGCUGGGUUUGCAGCUCCUGUCCCAGAGCCCCUGCUUCCUGCUCCUUGUCCUGCCCAGGGCCCCACCUCAGGCCCUGCCCCGCUCUCCCCUAGCAGGGGCCCGUAUGAACACUACCAUGCUGCUCUGGACCAGCUGGCCAAACCUCAGCCCAAAGAGGGUGCCAGAGAGGUAUUCACAGCAGGAGGAGACACUCCUGUUAGGGGUGUGCCAGCUGCUGCCAGCUCAGUGCUGCCCAAUGGCCCUGCUCGUCUCCCAGACCCUGAUGCGGUGAAGAGAGAGCUACGGAGGCUAGAGCAUGUCACCAAACAAACCCAUGUUAGCAGGCAACGGGGUCACGCAGCAGCUGAACGGGCCAAUCAGGUUCAGGAGUUUCUGCAGCGUAAGAGAGAUGCCAUGCUGAACAAGGUCCGCGCUGAGGGACAGCUGGGUGCCCGGCAAAACCUGGCAGCCAUCUAUGGUCGGUMCAGCUACAGCAGGCCCAAACCCAACAAAGAGGAGGAGGAGUACCUGUCCCGGCUGAGGCAGAUCAGGCUACAGAACUUCAAUGAGAGACAGCAGAUCAAAGCACGCCUCAGAGGAGUGAAGUACGACAGUGAUGGCUCAGACAGCAAGGAGUCCUGUGAGGAGACAGAGCUGAGGAGAAAGAAGAUUGAAGCCCUGAAGGCCCAAGCGCAGGCCCGUGCUGCUGUGUUGAAGGAGCAGCUAGAGAAAAAGAGGAGAGAGGCCUAUGAGAGAGAAAAGAGAGCCUGGGAGGAUCACCUUGCAGCUCGAGGCGUGAAGGUUGGCAUGGUAGCAGGAGGUGUAGCAGUAGAGCUAGCUCCUCCCCCUCAGCCUGGCCCCUCCCUCCCUGUACAGGACGUUGUAGCUAGAGCCCAGCCUGCAUCCAAACCCUCCACCACUGUCAUCUCCAUGACUUCUGCUCUGAAGGACGUUGGAGCACAGCUUGCGUCUGUGCAGAGCUCUUUUAAAGAUGACUUACCUAAAACGGACGUCAUUAAGAGUGAGAAGAAGGAGAUUCUCCGAAGACUGAAUCAGAACUUGAAGGCCCAGAGCCCUGAGGAGGAGGUGUCAGCCACACCCCCAGAAGUACUAUGCCCCACCCCCCAGCAGAGCCAGCCUAUCACAGAGGAGAGACCGUCCUCUGGUGGGGACAGGAAAAAGUGGGAGGCUGUAGCUCCGUCUAUUCUCUCUGUAGCUCAGCAGACUCUAGAAGAAACCUGUAUCAGAACGACUGGCUCUCAGGCUCUGUCUCCAGAGGAGAGACCGUCCUCUGGUGGGGACAGGAAGAAAUGGGAGGCUGGAUCUCCGUCUAUUCUCUCUGUAGCUCAGCAAACCCUAGAGGAUACCUGUAUCAGGACCGCUGAACAGACAGUGGGUGAGGUCAUUCGGAUGGAUGUGCUACAGGACGACGCCCCUAGAAAAGCAUGGGGGCGGAGCCCGGAUUCUCAGGUGCUGAGAGUUCUACAGGAGGCGGAGCUUCAGCCUCUUACCCAGCUGCUGGGGAAUGUCAACAUCUGUGAAGAGAAACACACUGACAACGUGAAUCAGACGGCUAAGAUGGUUGGUGUGAGUGGAACUAAGGAAGUGAUGCAUUCAGAGGCAAGCCCACCUGCUGUGAUGUCUGUCGUUAAGAACACAGAGGUCGAAGUUCAGGAAGAGGGGACGAUCUCAGUAGACGUGACGGGUCAGGAGAAGAGGCAGGCUAUAUUAGAAGAGAUGCUAAAGACCCCACCCAAACCGAUAGAGAUGGAGGAUCCAGCAGACUUGGAGUCAGUGGUCCUGGAGGAGGGCCCAAAGCAGGCCUCAAAUUCCCCAGCUGGAGUAGUGCAGGCCUGGGAGAAACGAGCCCUGCCGCUGGGGCCACCAGAGGGCAGAGUAACACCAGCAGAAACCAAAGAUGUUGGGGAGAAAGCAGAGAAGCAACCUGAAUCCUCCGGUAUAGCACCUGUGUAUGAGGAACCUCUGUUUGUGAAGCUGUGCUCCUCGCCGGCCCACCGCCGUACUGCAGCUCUGGUUCUUAUGUCAGCCCAGUCGUCCAUGGAGGACUCGUCCUCUUCUCUGGCCUCACGCUCACGCUCCGUCUCUCCUCUCCGCUCCAAACACCACAACGCCCUCCUCAUCGGCCUCUCCACCGGCCAGUUUGAUGCCAACAACCCAAAGAUGCUGCGUACCUGCUCUCUACCAGACCUCAGCAGACUGUUCAGCUCUCUACAAGACGCAGGAGGGGCCAACGGGGCGGUUGCCCCUGACAACGACAACAAUCUGGAUAUAGAGGACAUGGAGGAAGAGGAUGAAGAAGAGGCCAAAGAGGAUGAACAAUCAGAGACUGAAGAUGUGUAUGAGGAUGAUGACUUGAGGGAGCUAAGGGCCUCCAUGGAGAGACUCCUGCAGGAGGAGCGCAGCGAGGAAGAUGAGGGGGGAUCUGGCUCUAACUCUGGUAGUCCUCCAGAGGAAGAGGGAGGCGAUGGCUUUAACGGCAACCCUGCUGAGGAUGAAGAUGAUGAGGAGGAGCUGAACGGGAUGGCUGUGGAUGAGGAGGAGGGUUCUAAUGGGAGUCCAGGUGAUGAAGAGGCAGGACACACACUCACCAACGGACUGGAAGAAGAGGAGCACCACAGCAGUGAGAGCCAGCUCAAUGAAGAAUGGCAAUCGGAUGACAGUGGUGAGGAGGAGGACGGUGCGGCUGAACAGAAGGACAGCAUAUUCAGCCGUCUGGAGGAGCUGCGGUUUAACCUGGAGCAGGAGAUUGGCUUUGAGAACUUUAUAGAGGCCUACAACAAGAUCAAGGCAAUUCAUGAAGAUGAGGAUGAGAACAUCGACAUGGGCCCCGACAUGGUACUGAACAUCCUGGGGACUGAGCACCAGCACCUGUACCCCAACAUCCUUCACCUGGUCAUGGCUGAUGGAGCCUACCAAGAGGAUAAUGAUGAAUAGGGGAUAUGCGUCCAAGCCGCUGGCAGCUUCUGACAAUCUGCUAGCCAUCUGAUGUCUUCCCAAGGUGCACUGCAUGUGGUAGACGACUCUCUGCGUGGAGGGUUGGGGCCAUAGAUGGAUCUGGGAGGGGUUGAAGCCAGGCUCUGGCACAGUUGCAUGAUUGAAUAGGCUAUCUAGUACACUGAUGUCUGUAUUUCCUACUUCCACUUCAAACACCUGACUCACUCUUUUUUAACUUCAUGUUCAUAUGAAAGUGCAUUAUCAAGUAAUACUUUCUGGUAACCAAAGUUAAAUGGAAGGUUUCGUCAAACAUAAAUCUGUCUGUAUCUGUUGGAAUAUAUUCAUGGACCAGCACCAUAUUAAAUGGUCAAUUUAAAGGUCAAACAGGUGAUUGUACAUUUGAUAUUCCCAAUGCUGGGGUUAGGACCACCCGGUCACCAUCCUCACAAUACAAACCAGGUCAACUUCUAUAAACAUGCAAAACAUAUUUUCCAUAAAAACCUGUUGGACCUCUUUUUUUUUUAUUACUUUUUCAUACAGCUAAAUGUUAUCUAAUGCAUUUUCACAUUUCUUACCUGUUCCGUUAACCCAAAAAUAUGUGUUCAGCUCAAAAGGAAGAUGACUUUUUGUUUAAGGAUGUUGGCAUGGUAGCAGCUGCAAGGGACUGCUACUUGUUGGCUUUAUGUCAAGUCAGAUUGUUACUCUGUUAAGAGAAUUGUAAAGAUAUAAAUUACUGGUAAUGAUAUCGAUUUUAAAGCGUUAUUCUUAUUUGAUAAUAAAGGAAAUAUUGUAAAUAAAUGCUUUUUUCUAAUCUU